CAGCACAUAUUAACGUGCAACAGCACACUGUAACCUACUAGUGUUGCAAAAACCGCGCAUACUUUCUGCUAAAAAAUAUAAACAGGCGUUUUGAGUUUUGCAAAAUAUUGUAAAAUUUGCAGUCAAUUAGUAAAAAAAAGUGAAAAUUGUUUUAACAAAUGGCCGACGAAUCAGAGCAGCUCAGUCAGGUAAUUUUGCCGGUGAAGGAGCCCCUGGAUCUCAUCCGAUUAAGUUUGGAUGAGAAGGUGUACGUCAAAAUGCGCAACGAACGGGAACUGCGAGGGCGUCUUCAUGCUUUUGAUCAGCAUCUGAACAUGGUGUUGGGCGACGCAGAGGAGACGGUGACCACUGUGGAGAUCGACGAGGAGACCUACGAGGAGGUGUACAAGACUGCUAAACGCACCAUUCCCAUGCUUUUCGUUAGAGGCGAUGGAGUCAUUCUAGUCUCACCACCAAUGCGGGUGGGCUAGCAAGUCCCCAACGUUCAGCUAUAAAUCAAAUCACCUGCAUUUAUACAAGCUGUAUCUAUAUAGGUUAAUAAAAGUCUUUUAAACACAA